AUGUUUACUAAAGUAUCACAAGAGAGUGAAGCGGCGGUGCAUGCAAGCUACGUUUUAUCGGAGAUGAUAGCUAAACACUCAAAACCUUUUACUGAAGGUGAUUUCAUCAAGGAAUGUUUAAUUAAAGCUGCAGAAAUUGUUUGUCCUGGAAGUGUGAAGACGUUUCAAGCAAUAUCUUUGUCUCGAAAUACCGUUGUGGAAAGAGUUACUGAUAUGGCCAGAAAUUUAAAUGAUCAGAUAAAAGAAAAAUCAUCUUGUUUCAAAGCAUUUUCCAUUGCCUGUGAUGAGAGUACGGACAUUGGGGGCGUAGCUCAGUUAGCUGUUUUUUUUCGAGCUUGCGACACGGAUUUCAACAUUUUUGAGGAAUUAUUGGAACUAGUACCGAUGCAUGGCACUACUACAGGAGAAGAUAUAUUUAAUUGCGUUUAUGAUCUUCUGCAAAAAUACAAUUUACCUCAAUCAAAAUUGACUUCUGUAGCAACAGAUGGAGCUCCUUCAAUGACUGGAAAAACCAACGGUUUCAUACGCAUUGCAUUAUACAUCAGGAAGUAUUAUGUACGAAGAUCUCGAGGUUUAAAUCAGCGACAGUUCUCUCUGUUCUUAACUGAAUUAGAAAGCGAAUAUUCAGGUUUAUCAUACUAUACCGAGGUACGUCGGCUAUCAUGCUCCAAGGUUCUCAAACAAUUUUGGGACUUGAAAGAAGAAAUAUGUCAGUUUUUAAUAACCAAGAAUGAAGACAUCACUUUGUUUUCUGAUCAAGUAUGGUUGCAAGAUUUUUCCUUCAUGGUUGACAUAACAAAACACUUGUCGGAUUUAAAUUUGAAACUGCAAGGAAAGGAUCAGAUCAUUACUAACAUGUGUGACCAAGUUAAUGCAUUCAAAUGUAAGCUAGUUCUUUGGGAAAAGCAGUUGAAAAACGAAGAUUUAAUGCACUUUCCGACAUGCAACAUGUACAAAUCAAGUUUAGGUGAAACUGCAUCGUAUCAAAAAUAUGCGGAAAAAAUUUUAAGUCUUAGAAAUGAAUUGUUUCUUGUUUCAAGGUUUUCUGAUUUCAAAUCUUUGGAAGAAUCAGUACCUAAUCACAUGCAAAUGGAGGUAAUAGAUAUCCAGUGCGAUUCAGAUUUAAAGGCAAAAUUCAUUGAAGUUGGCGUUUCUGAAUUUUACAAAUAUUUGCCAGCCAGAUUUGAAAACACUCGAAAAUUAGCAUAUGAAAUUAUGUCCAUGUUUGGAAAUUGUACAAAAUUAAAGAGGAAUUACAGUUUAACCUUUGAUAGUGAAAGAAGUGUUAAAUCGAUUGCUGCUGCCAAUUAUUCGGUUUUGUUGUAA